AUGACGAGUCCUUUCAAACCAAACCCUCAAUAUUCCUACAAUGGAUCAGAUGCAGAUGUUUCCAUGGACACAUCCGACAAUACUGCAGAAACUGUGUUAUCAUCGCCUCCUCGAGCCCCAAGAUCUAUUCUUCGCAACAAUGGAGGAUCACUGCCACACCGCUUGUUUGCGGAUGACGUUGAUGAAGAAGAAGAAGAAGAAGAAGACGAGAAACCUGUUCCCAGAUCUCCUGUCCUCAAACCAUUGGAUUUGAAUUUGGAUUUAGGCGACGUAUUCGAAGAGUCUGCCAAGAACGGAAAAUCAAAACAGCGCAAGAGAGUUGCUGAGCACACUGUAUAUGGACGAGACUUGAGCUUUGAUGAUGUAGUAGAUAGUCCUGUGAACAUGAACGAUGAUGAUUCACCACAUAUUUCGCCAUCGUGUUACAAGUCACCUGCGAAUGUAAGAAGUGCCAUGCACAAGUCGCCCUCGUCCUUUCGAACCUUGGAUGGUAGGAUGGUCACAUCCAAGAAUCCAUUUUCCCCCAUGUUGACAGAAGACCACCCAGUCCAAAAAGUUCCUCUGAUUGGAGGCAACCUAUCCUUUCCUGUGUCUUUGGAUGAUGCUGGUUCCAAGAAACUAGCCCCGAGCUCAAGUGAUCUACCAGUAUUAAGUCAGCGUUUGCAAAAACGCGAGCCACUUCCAGAUUUUCUUCGAGAUGGAUACCCUGCCAAGUCGGGUGAGUUCCGAGGCUUUUCCGGAUCUCCAAUCAGAGAGGUAUCAGAACUGGCAGACUACAGCAACAUCAGCUAUGGCUAUAACACCCACAAAGUCCGCAGAAUAAACCUAAAUGAUGAUGUCGUUGCUGCCAAAACUGAAGAAGUCGCAUCAUGGAAAAAGAAACUCUACGUAAAAACAGCCUCACAAGAAGACAGCAUUCACGACAAUAUCAGUCCAACCGAUGUGCUGAGCUUUCCAAUGCAAAGUCCUAUACCUCCGACUCCAACCAAACCACGACAAAACAGACGACCUCAUGUCAAACGAUACACUCCUAUUAGAAAACAGACACUGCCAAACACGCCAAUGCCACAACGACGAACGAACAAAGCCAGGUCGUCUCUCGACUCGACUGAUUCUAAUUCGGAAGGAUCUCCUGAACAAUCGUCCCGAUUUCACUCCGACUUUGAUGUUAUCGGAGAACUCGGUACUGGAAGUUUCGGAAGUGUCCUUAAGGUUCUUUCUCGAUUGGAUGGUUGCAUGUAUGCCAUCAAGGUGGCGCAUCGAGCCGCCAAGGGAAAUUCGGACCGCGAUCGCAUGCUAAAAGAGGUCUAUGCCUUGGCAGCUCUCUCUGAUCAAGGAGACCCCGCCACAUUCCACAUUGUUCGCUAUCAUCAAGCGUGGAUGGAAGAAAGUCGGCUAUAUAUUCAGACUGAACUAUGUACCACUACACUUGCGGCAGAAAUGAAGCAAGAGAAACUUACCACACAACGAAAAUACAAGUUCUUGCGCGAAAUCGCUGUGGCACUAGAAUUCAUUCACAAGAAUGGAAUGGUACACUUGGAUAUCAAGCCCGAGAAUAUAUUUGUUAAGAACGAUCAGUUCAAAUUGGGGGAUUUUGGGUUGGUGAGCAAGGUGUCAAAUCAUAAGGAUGUGGAAGAGGGAGAUUCAAGAUACAUGUCCAAGGAAUUGUUGUCGGGGGAGCACGCAGAUUUGACGAAAAGUGAUAUAUUCUCCUUGGGAAUUACGUUAUACGAAAUAUGCCUUGGCGGAGAUAAAGACCUACCACACAAUGGUCCCGAGUGGCAAGAUUUGCGUGCUGGUAAUCUUCCCAUAAUUGCGAACACUCCUCUCGAAAUGUACAAUUUCAUGAAGAUCAUGAUGAAUCCGUCCUAUGCGGCAAGACCAUCGGCGAGCGAUCUACUGAAACGUCCUCAACUGUUCAGUCCGGAGCAAUUAGCUCUCCUUAUCGAAAAGAACAAAGUCAAACAAGCAAAUCUAGCGCUAGCAGAGCAAACGGAUCGCCUUCGCAAGCUUGCCCCUCCCGCUCCCAGCAUGCCCAGGAAAGGUGCACUAAUGCGCCGCAGUACUUGGAGUGGUGGAAGUUAA